AUGCCUCGUCGAACAUCCAGCAACAAUGACGACACCUCCAGUUGGAGAUAUAUCUCACCUCGUAUGGCCUUUCUCAUGGUCUCCAUGAGUCUGGGACAGCUCGGUGAUGGCCUUAACAUCUUUCAGGGUAUCUAUUUGGUUGGCAUUGGAUGGAAUGAGUCUUCUGUCGGAAAGGCCUUGUCUCUGAUGGGAUUGACAGCCUUGUUGGUUCAGCCAUUUGCUGGUGAUUUUGUUGACAGAGCAACGAUUGAUCGACGCGUCUUUUUGACGAUGGCCAGUAUCGUCACGGCAAUUUCGGCAUCCACCAUUUUGAUGGUUCGUCAUGGAAAUACCGACCAUGUGCUCAUUUACGCUUCCAAGAUUUUGGAAGGGAUCUCUUCUUCCUUUAUUGGUCCCUGUCUUGCAGCUUUGACAUUGGCUUCGUUCGGUCCAGAUCGAUUCGAUGAAGUCAUGGCUUCGAACAUUUACUGGGGACACGUUGGGUCUGUGAUGGCUGCAGGUUUGGCUGGAUUGGUAGCCUACAUGUCAUUCCCAGACAUCAAGUUCUGCUUUUUGAUUAUUGGAGCAUCUGCACUAAUUGCAAUUGGAUUUGUUCAGUCUUUGCCACAAGGAGAUCCUUUGUUGGGAAGAGGAUUCCGAAGCGCUGAAGAUUCCGACACUGUAACAAGAAUUGAUAGUUUGUCGGACAGUGAAACUGGUGACAACAUGGAAAAGCCACCCAGUGAGAAUACGCCCUUGGUCGGAGCCAGUAUUCUGGAGGCGGUAGUACCAGAUAUGCCUGAAGCAGCUGCUUACAUGGAUGUCUUUUUGGAUCGCAACACAUGCAUCUUGUGUUGCACAGGAUUCUUCUUUCACUUUGCCAACGCAAACGUGUUGCUGGUACUGGGAGAGUUAAUGGGUCAAGAAGGAGGCGGAAGUGAUACUCAAAGCCGAAACGCCAUCCCUCUAACAGCAGGCGCCAUUAUCAUGGCUCAAGUCACAAUGGCGUUUGCUACGCAAAUCGGUGACAAUUACACUGCCAAGGGAACUGGACGAAAGGUUCUAUUCAUGGCUGGACUCUUGAGUCUACCAAUCCGUUGCGCUCUCAUUAUCAUGUUCAGCGAUGCAGGUUCAGCCUUCCUCCUGUCCACUCAAAUCUUUGAUGGAAUUGGAGGAGGUCUUAUGGGUUUGAUCCAGCCUCUGAUUAUUGCUGACAUUACCUUUGGAUCUGGAAGGUUCAAUGCCGUCAAUGGGUUGAUCGCCUCUUGUUUUGGUCUAGGGGCAACCCUCUCUAACUUUUUGGGGCAAAUGGUUGUGGAGCGAUAUGGACACAUUGCCAGCUUGACCGCUUCAUUUUUCCUGUCCAUUAUUCCUAUUCUUGUCUUUUCCAACAUGACUGAGACUUAUGGACUCCGUGGGCAAAGCCGGGCAACGGAUUCCAAAACCCAAACCCUCAGCGUAUAA